AUGCCAAAAACAGCACCCCAAGAAUCGUACACAAAAAAGUAUUCAGAAGAGAGUUUGAAUAAAGCCAUCGAAAAAGUAAAAAAUGGCAUGCCCAAAUGCACAGCUUGCAAUAAAUACAAUAUACCUAGGGCUACUUUACAAUUUAGACUCUCAGAUAAAUUCACAAAAUCAUCCCAUGGACCCUCACCCAUACUGAGUAGCCAGGAGGAGGACCUAUUAGUUAACUGGAUAAAAGAUUGCCAAAGAAAGGGGUUUCCUCGAAGAAAGGAAGAUAUUCAAACAUCUGUCAAGCAGUUCUUAGACGAAUCGCCCCGUGAAAACCCCUUCAAAAAUAAUUUACCGGGAGAAGGAUGGUACAAAGCAUUUAUGAAAAGGCAUCCUGAUUUAACAACAAGAAAAUCUGAGGGGGUAUCUGUUGCUUCCUCCGCCAUCAGUGAGCAAGACAUAAGAAAGUGGUUUCGCGACAUACAUUCUUAUUUAAAUGAAAAAGGAUAUGACGAAGUUCUUGAACACCCAGAAAGACUUUUCAAUGCAGAUGAGACGAAUUUUCAAUUAUGCCCGCAAAAUAAAAGAGUAAUUUACUUUGGGGCACUAAAAAUGUGUAUGAGGUCGAGUCGGGUAAAACAAAGACGACAUUGA